AGUAUUUGAUGAAUUUCAGGAUGCUGAUGUGGCGCUUUUGGUGCGCGCUGUGAUGUUUUGUAGCUCUCCAAGCAGAGCGGAAGGGGUUAAGGAGGUGUCGCCGCCGCCGGUGUGAGCUCCAGCGCGCGCUGAAACAUCUCCAACACAACUGACGUCUCCACAUCUCCACACGCGUUACCGCCAGGGUGCUGGAUUCAAGAAAAGAAAGCGCUCAAAGAAGGAAAGAAAAACAUUCCAACCUGGGAUUGGGCCAACGUCAGUUUGGUUUGAGGGCUCAUGGUGAGAGUUGUGCCUCCGACUCGAAGUGGCACGAAGUAAGCGCGCUUGCACCACUUCAUCCUGAACCGGAGAUAGGAUAGCAGCUUUUCUUCUUCUUUUUUUCUACAACACACACACACACACACACACACACACUAGGAGACAGAGGUGAAGUGAAUAAGGAUAAGGCAAAGUGGAAGCGGCAGGGGGUUCGGAUGAGCGGGCGGCUCGCUUUCCCGUCCCGCGGCUCGCUAAUGAAGUUGUGCGGGCGCUGUCGGCGUGGCCCUCUCCGCUCACCGUGUAGAGGUGCGUGAGGCUCAGCUUCAGCUCCGGAGACGCGCCGCAUCCGGACCAGCCCAUCAGGAUGCCGGUGCGACGCGGACACGUGGCGCCCCAGAACACUUUUCUGGAUACCAUCAUCAGGAAAUUCGAAAGUCAGAGUCGAAAGUUUGUCAUAGCCAAUGCACGGGUGGAGAACUGCGCCAUCAUCUUCUGUAACGAUGGCUUCUGUCACAUGUGUGGCUACACACGGGCCGAGAUCAUGCAGAAACCAUGCACCUGUGACUUCCUGUACGGGGCGCACACCAAGCGCCUGGCCAUUGCACAGAUGGCUCAAGCGCUUCUGGGCUCGGAGGAGAGGAAAGUGGAGAUCACGCUCUACAGGAAGGACGGUGUGGGUUUUCUGUGCCUGGUAGAUGUGGUGCCGGUCAAAAACGAGGAUGGUGUGGUGAUCAUGUUCAUCCUAAACUUUGAAGUCAUGACUGAAGACAAACUGCACAACCCCAACCAGGGGCUGAACCAUAGGGUGCCUCUCCCCUGGCGUUCCACAAAUCCAGCACGUCGUAUCCGUCUGCAUUUGCCUCUCCUGCAGUCACACAGUAACAGCAAGUCAUGUCUGCAUGAGGACCCUGAGGCAGGCCGUAGUGCUGACAUCUCUGCCACUACCAGCUCUAGGCGUGGCAGCGGUCACGAGUCUCUGGCUCUUGGCGAGCUCGUCUCACUGCCAGAACACGAGCAGGUCCACCCUUCUGCCACCACACCAUCGGGCACGGCAUCCUCCUCCCUGUGGCCUGAUGACAGACGCACCCUCCUGGGAAGUGAGUCCACGCCGCCUCCUUCGGCCCCUACACACUCCUCCACAUUGCCCCUGGGCCAGUCAUCGCCACGGGCACACAGGCUCAACCCAGACACCUCAGCCUCCAACUGCAGCCUGACACAUAGCCGCUCGCGUGAGAGCUUCCACAGCAUGCGCCGCGCAUCCUCUGUAGAUGACAUAGAGGCCAUGAAGCCUGAAUGGGAUCGCAGACACUCCAUACGACCAGCGAGCAGCAGUACAGGUGCAAUGAACAACAAGUCCAACAUGCUUAACUCUACCUCCGAUUCAGACCUCAUGCGCUACCGCGCCAUCAGUAAGAUCCCCCAGAUCACCCUCAACUUUGUGGACUUUAAACCUGACCCCCUUAUUGCUCUCCCUCCCGGAGAAAUGGACAUCAUCGCUCCCUGCAAGCUCAUUGACCGCACACACAACGUCACAGAGAAGGUCACACAGGUGCUGUCACUAGGCGCUGAUGUCCUUCCCGAAUACAAGCUCCAGGCACCACGUAUCCACAAGUGGACCGUGUUGCACUACAGCCCCUUCAAGGCUGUUUGGGACUGGCUGAUUCUGCUGCUGGUGAUCUACACUGCCAUCGUAACACCAUACAGCGCUGCCUUCCUGCUUGGCUCGGAGAAGGAGAAUGAUACCUGCACAUACUGCAAGCCGCUCAACAACGUGGACCUUGUCGUCGACAUCAUGUUCAUCAUCGACAUCCUCAUCAAUUUCCGCACCACUUAUGUCAACGCCAACGACGAGGUGGUGAGCCACCCACUGCGCAUCGCUGUGCACUACUUCAAAGGCUGGUUCCUCAUUGACAUGGUGGCCGCCAUCCCCUUUGACUUGCUCAUCUACGACAAUGGCGAGGAGACAACCACUCUAAUCGGUCUCCUAAAGACGGCGCGGCUCUUGAGGCUCGUUCGUGUGGCCCGGAAGUUGGACCGCUACUCGGAAUAUGGUGCAGCUGUCCUCUUCCUACUCAUGUGCACUUUUGCACUCAUUGCUCAUUGGUUGGCCUGCAUCUGGUACGCCAUUGGAAGUGUAGAACGCAGCGGUGCCAUCGGCUGGCUCCACACGCUAGGGGAUCAGCUUGGGAAACCCUACAAUUACUCCGCUGUCAACUCAGGACCCAGCAUUAAGGACAAAUAUGUAACUGCCCUUUAUUUCACCUUCAGCAGCUUGACCAGCGUAGGAUUCGGCAAUGUCUCACCCAACACCAACUCAGAGAAGAUCUUCUCCAUCUGCGUCAUGCUAAUUGGAUCCCUCAUGUAUGCCAGUAUCUUUGGGAAUGUGUCAGCCAUCAUACAGCGGUUGUACUCUGGUACGGCACGCUACCACACUCAGAUGCUCCGGGUGAGAGAGUUUAUUCGCUUCCACCAAAUCCCCAACCCGCUCAGACAGAGACUGGAGGAGUAUUUCCAACACGCCUGGUCCUACACUAACGGAAUUGACAUGAAUGCGGUACUGAAAGGCUUCCCUGAGUGUCUUCAAGCAGAUAUAUGUCUGCACCUGAACCGUACUCUCCUGCAGAACUGUAAAGCUUUUAAGGGAUCCACUAAAGGUUGCCUGCGAGCCCUGGCCAUGAAAUUCAAAACCACUCACGCCCCACCUGGUGACACGCUUGUCCAUGCUGGUGAUGUGCUCUCAGCCCUUUACUUUAUUUCCAGAGGAUCCAUUGAAAUACUUCGUGGAGAUGUGGUGGUGGCCAUCUUAGGAAAGAAUGAUAUAUUUGGUGAGCCCAUCAACCUGUAUGCUCGACCAGGCAAGUCCAACGCUGAUGUCAGGGCGCUAACCUACUGUGACUUGCACAAGAUUCACAGAGAGGAUGUUCUGGAAGUUCUGGACAUGUAUCCAGAGUUCUCAGAUCACUUCUGGAGCAACCUGGAGAUCACCUUCAACCUGAGAGAUACCAACAUGAUUCCUGGGUCUCCAAGCAGCAAUGACUCAGAGUGUACUGGCUUUAACAAGCUCCGUAAAAGAAAGCUUUCCUUCCGACGGCGAACAGAAAAAGAUGAUGCAGAUGCAGGAGAGAUCAAGAAGAACCAGAAACCAGUGCGACGUAACAGGAAACAGGCCAGGAGUAAUCAGAAUGAGGGAUUAAAACCGGACUUCGAAAGGCCUCAGAGUUCAAUCUCUUCCCACUCCAGUGGUGAUGAAGGGGAGAAUCUUGUUCAUACACGCUCCACUCUGCCAACAACAUUACUGGAGCUCUCUCAAGCCCAAGGCACUUCUAUGAAUUUUAAUGACAACCCAGAGGUUGAAACAGAUCCUAAAACAGGCAACACCUGCAAUGCUCUGUCAGGUGCACUCUCAGGUGUGUCCAACAUCUUUAGUUUCUGGGGUGAGAGUCGGGGCCGUCAGUAUCAGGAGCUGCCUCGCUGUAAUCUACCUUCACCACCACCUCAGCACGACACCCCAUUACACAGCAUCUCAAGACAGCAGCGGAGCCAACUGGAGAACAGGCUGGACAUGCUACAGACACAACUCAGCAGGUCAGAGGCGCAGAACUAACACUCUCUCUCUCCACCCCAGAGACACACACACACACACACACACACACACACAGGAGUUCGUCCGUCGAUUUCGGCAAAGUUUCCAUUUCUGCCUCCAUUAUGGAGAGCACAAAUUGGGACUCGACUUGUGCAUGAAUUGGAUUAAAGUGAGGAAGACUUACGCAGCAUCAGCCUCAUUCUCACUUCCCAGUGACCACCUUGAUCCAGUGGAAAGACUGAGUCAAGACGACUGAAGAUGGUCCCCGGGCACAGUGAUUCAUACACCCAUUCAUACA